CCCCAGAACAGGUGCUUUGUUUACAACGAUCGGUGUGUAAAAGUGCAAAUUUAGUUCGGUGAUCAUGGCGAAAAGUGGCUUCUUGCAUAUGGCAAAAGUCCUUGUGGUUUUACGCUGAGGUAAAGGUGGCAAACGAAAGGCAAAGCAGUCGUGGAAUCGUUCACCCACUUCAGUGCAAAAAAAAAAUCGCUAGAAGCAUAAGAGAAAAAAAUCCGUGUGUUUCUUUGUACGUGUUUGUGUGAGUCGCUGUAAGUGUGUGUGUGUGUGUUCGUGUAUGUGUGUGUGCGGCCUUUGGCUUUCCUACGUCUGCUGUGUGAUUCACGCACAUGGGCUGGAUGCUGAACGGUUCGAUGGUCUCUAGCUCGCUCCAUCAGCCGUCCACGUUGCUGCGGGCGUCUCUGUCGUUUUCUUCCUUUUGGUUAUCCACGAUUUCUCCGGCUGUUCAUCUCUUCGGCGCGAUGUGAUGGUAUUGGAUGCUUCCUCCGAUGCUCCGAAACCGUACGGGGAGAAUAAAGGCAGCCAACACACAUACCAAACACUGCUACAUUCAAGCAUCUAAGCGUAGGAGCGGAGUUGGCUGGAGAUUGUGAAACGGUAUAGAACAAUAACAGAUCGCCACGACCGCAACUAUUCAGCUAGAAGCGAGACCACAUCACGGAACGGCAGUGUUAUUACUCUGUGGUUUGUAAACUUGUUGCUGGACUUUUCCGUCCAAGCACUACUGCAAUACUUUCCUUACUAUGUCCAAAUUGUGUGCGGUUUUUCUUUGCUAAUAAGUGCAGUGUUAUGAGAAAAUUCCCUGAAAGUGUGGUGACACCGUAAAAAAAUAGUGUGCUUCUAAUACACAGAGGCGGCAGUGUUCGAAAAAAACCGGCGUCGUUUCGAUUCCGAAUGCGAUUACGAAAUGUGCUUAGUUAGUGGUUAAAAAAUAAUAGUCGAUGUGUACCAGCGGCGCUUUUAGUCGGUGAAGCAUCCCCAUGUGCAUAUGAUUAGUGCGUGCGUGCAUGCGUGCGGGCAAAAAGUGAAAGUGUUCUCGCUCAUAGGGCUCAUCUAAAUGGUGCAUUUCGUCGCCAACAGCAGCAGCAGUAGCAGCAGCAGCAAUGACGCAUGUAAAGGAGGAGCUGUCCAAGGAUGUUACGCCGGCGGGCGACGGAGGCGGCGGUACCGGUGUCGGUGCCGCAACCGGGUUCCAUAAUCACCCGUCGCAGCCGCAGCAUCAUCACCACCAGCAGCCGCCACAAUCACUUCCCCCGCAUAAGGAGCAUCCGCUCGAGCUGGCGGACGAUCACAUGAAGUACGUCUUUUCGGGAAAUGCGCCCCAAACCGCCGGAUCUCAGGCAGCGCAGGCCGCCCAGCUGAUCGGUGGCGGCGUCAGCUCUGGCGGAGUGGGUAUCGGUGCGAAUCCGCUGGCCGGCCGGAUAAUGCUAGAAUACCAACGACCUACCGGCGGUGGCCACUCGCGCUCGGUCAGUCAUGGCGAAGGUUCGUUCGGCGGAUCGUUGGUGGGAAGCGGUGGCGCGGCCGGCCGACCUUCAGCCCUGAAGUCGGCGGUCAAGGGCGGUCACCAGCGGGCUCUCUCGCAGGGUCAAAUCAUGGAUGCCCCAACGAUUGCCACGCGGGGCCACAGCCGGGUUGGGUCGAAAACGGAUUUUAUUUUACCGCCCGGGCACAAGGACCAAUCGGAGCAGCGCGAUACUGCCGCUCCCCACUCUGCCACCUCCAUCAAGGGCCACUCGCGGCAAGCGUCACGAUCGGAGUCGAUCUACACCUUACGCCGGGCGGACAAGCCGCCCUGGUGGAAGCGUCUGAUGUUCUGUCGCACGGCCAGCAGCAAGCUGGAGGACCGAGGCUACCGGAUCGUGGUCCCGAACCAUACGGUGCCGCCCAAGACGCCCAAACGGGACCACCCGAAUGGGCGCCUGUGUGGUAACAAGAUUCGCACCACCAAGUACACGCUGCUCUCGUUCGUGCCGAAAAACCUGCUCGAACAGUUCCACCGUAUCGCGAAUCUGUACUUCAUCUUCAUCGUGCUGCUGAACUGGUUCCCGCAGAUCAAUGCGUUCGGCAAGGAGAUUGCCAUGAUCCCGGUACUGUUUGUGCUUGGCGUGACCGCGAUAAAGGAUCUAUUUGAGGAUCGCCGGCGGAAAGCGUCCGAUAAGCGCAUCAACAACUCGACCUGCCGCGUGUACAACGGUGAAUCAGAACGAUACAAGAAAGUCCUUUGGCAGGAUGUUCGUGUGGGCGAUCUCGUACAUUUGUCCAACAACGAAUGUGUACCGGCUGACAUACUGCUGCUCAAGUCGAGCGAUCCGCAUGGUGUGUGCUACAUCGAUACGUGCGAUCUGGACGGAGAAACCAAUCUGAAAAGACGCCAGGUGGUACGAGGCUUCGUCGAGAAGCAGCACAGCUUCGCUCCGAACAAGUUCACCAGCCGAAUCGAAGUCGAUGCACCGUCAACGAAAAUCUACCGCUUCCACGGUGCUGUGAUACAUCCUUCCGGGGAGCGAGUACCGGUUUCGACGGAAAGUUUGCUGCUUAGAGAAAGUCGCCUAAAGAACACGGAUUACGCAGAAGGAAUCGUUGUGUACGCUGGACACGAAACGAAGGCAAUGCUCAACAACAGUGGCCCCAGAUAUAAGCGAUCCCGUAUCGAGCAGCAGAUGAACAUCGAUGUGAUAUGGUGCGUUAUCAUACUGAUUGUGCUGUGCAUCGUCGGUGCGGUGGGAUGUAAGCUGUGGCUUUCCUUCUAUGGAACCGACUCCGACGGUACGUCCAGUGGUACGAACAACGAUACAUUCCGCAUACCUUUCCUACCGUUCGAGAUUAAUCCCGACUACGAGGGUUUGCUAGCGUUCUGGACGUUCGUCAUUAUUCUGCAAAUUAUGAUACCGCUCUCCCUGUACGUUACAAUCGAGCUGUGCAAACUGAUGCAGGUAUACCACAUACACAACAACAUUGAGCUGUACGAUCCGGAUUCGAACAAGCGAACCGAGUGCCGUGCAAUGAACAUCACGGAGGAGCUUGGUCAGAUACAGUACGUCUUCUCGGACAAAACGGGCACGUUGACGGAAAAUCGCAUGAUAUUCCGACGGUGCACGAUCGUCGGCGUGGACUACAACCAUCCGGAAACGGAGGAAGAGAAGGAGCUGAACAAAAUCGGUGCACCGGUACCGAUUCUUCAGCCCAAUCUGAACUUGCUCGAGAAUUUCCGCGGCAAUUCCCAGUCCUCGCUAGAAACGGCAGCAAACCAAGCGGUGGGUGGUCGGAAUACCGGCGAUGGUGGAAGCGAAACCGUCACCAAUCAAAUACAGGAAUUCUUUCUGGUGCUGGCUAUAUGCAAUACAGUGGUGGUUAGUGCGACUCCGCACCGAGAUAACAUGAAUGCGAGCGGCGUGAUCGAAAUGAACGAUAGCGAUACGAGCGUUACGCUUGUGCGGCCUGCUUUGGUGGACACGGACGGUGGCAGUCUCCCGCUGACGGCGUGCGACCCAACGAUCGGUGAUCGGUAUGCCCGAUUGACGGAGUCUCGGUCCAUAACACCUUCUCCGCCACCGAACGCACCGUCGUCGUUGCCUCUCAAGGCGGCCCAUGUGCCAUCCCUGUCGCCGAUCAGCAGUUCGGCCGAAACAUCGCCCAUGUCCGAGAGUCCGCCGAUGCGGAUAAAAUCGCUGACUACGCCUACGGCGAAGGUGAAAUCGCUCGUAGCAAAGCUAGGCAACGUGGCGAGCAGCGCAAAGGGCGGUGGCGUUUUUAAGAGCGCCGACAGGAGCAGUACGGGCAGCACCAGUAGCAGUAAGAAUCGAUUCGCUUCGAACAACAGCAGCAGUGGCGCUUCGAAAUUCCACAAGUCCUUUUCACAGGGCUCCUCAUCGCCUGCCUCCAGUCGACCAAUUUACGAAGCAGAAAGCCCUGAUGAGCUGGCGCUUGUCAAUGCCGCCUUUAGCUACGAUUGCUGUUUGGUGAACCGAAGCCCAAACCACGUCCUCGUCAGUGUGCCCGGCGAAGGCGUCAUAGAGUACGAGGUGCUGAAAGUGCUUCCCUUCGAUUCUGCCCGCAAAUGCAUGUCCGUGGUUGUACGACGAACGGGGACGCAGGAUGUGGUACUGUACACGAAGGGUGCGGACAGUAGCAUCAUCCCGAAUCUGGUACCUUGCACGCCGGGCUCGGAAGAGUAUCGUUUGCGCGAGCAGACACAACAUCAGUUGAAUGUGUACGCACGGCAAGGGCUGCGUGUGCUAGUCAUGGCCAAGCGCAAGCUGGAUGCGACCGAUUUUAGCGAAUGGUACAGCAAGCACGAGGAAUGCGAACUAAGCAUGGAGAAUCGGGAGCGCAAGAUUCGAGAAUCGUUCGGAUUGCUCGAAAGAGGCCUGACGCUCGUGGGGACCACCGGCAUUGAGGAUCGUUUGCAGGAGGGCGUUCCCGAGACAAUCACCUCGCUGCUACAAGCCGGUAUCGUGAUUUGGGUGCUGACGGGCGAUAAAGCCGAAACGGCCAUUAACAUUGCCUACUCGGCGAAGCUGUUCAACUCGCAGAUGGACAUCCUUAAACUGACUGCCCGAUCGCGCGAUUCGGCGGAAGCGAGUAUAAACUUUUACCUCAACGAAAUAGAAAAGCAGCUCAACUCCAACGGAGGCUCCAGCGAUGCAGACGAUGCGUUUGAUCAGCUGGAUAAAGCACGCGCACUAGUCGUGGAUGGGAAAACGCUCACCUUUAUACUGGAUUUGCGAUCCAACCUCACCAAGCCAUUCCUAAGACUGACCCGUUACUGUUCGUCUGUGCUGUGCUGUCGGGCGACACCACUGCAGAAGGCGUUCCUCGUGAAGGUGGUGAAAGAGGAGCUUCGUAUCAGCACGCUUGCCAUCGGUGACGGUGCAAACGAUGUCUCUAUGAUUCAGAUGGCCGACGUUGGCGUGGGUAUCUGCGGACAGGAAGGCAUGCAAGCAGUUAUGGCAUCCGAUUUUUCAAUCGCCAAGUUCAAAAUGCUGGAAAAGUUGUUGCUUGUACAUGGACACUGGAAUUACGAUCGAUUGGCGCGCAUGAUCAUCUACUUUUUCUAUAAAAAUGCGGCAUUCGUGUUUCUUUUGUUCUGGUACCAAUUUUACUGUGGAUUUUCCGGUGCUGUCAUGAUUGAUCAAGUGUACUUAAUGAUCUAUAAUUUGCUGUUUACGGCCCUUCCCCCGCUGGCAAUUGGGGUGUACGAUAAGAAGAUUAUGGACGACCUUCUUCUGGCGUAUCCACAGUUGUAUCAGCAUGGACGUCGGGGGAAAGGCUACAAGUGGUCUACCUUUUGGAUUGUGAUGCUCGAUGCAGUGUACCAGAGUUUGGUGAUAUUUUUCGUAGCAAAGGCAGCGUACUGGGGAUCGGACGUGGAUUUAUGGGUGUUUGGCACAACGAUUACGUCCUCCUGCUUGUUUACGAUGCUGCUACACUGUGCCAUAGAAAUUAAAUCAUGGACAAUCUUGCAUGUCUUAUCGAUAGUGAUUAGUUUGGUGUCGUUCUAUGCGUUUGCAUUUGCGUACAAUUCGGUUUGUGUCAACUGCUUCGGGUUGCCGUCCAAUUAUUGGGUUAUUCAUAUGAGCAUGAGUACAAUACAGUAUUAUCUGAUUACGCUGCUUACUUCCGUACUUGCCCUGCUGCCACGAUUCACGUAUCGUGUCAUCAAAAAUACCAUUUGGCCCUGCGAAGGCGUACGGGUGACACUGCAGUACAAAGAAGAAAAACGAAGAGGUGAGAAUCUGCUGGUAACCUGGUCUCGUUCGACGUCUGCCUCAUCCAUAUUCAGGUACUUAACACACACAACCUCAAGCAAUCACUCGAAAUCCAGUACGCUGAUCACGAGAAAGCGUUCCGCUACGACCACUGCCGUCGGUGGAAUACUCGAGCGCAACGCUCCACGGCAGCGAUUUGGCUAUUAGGCGAAUGUCGAUGUCGUCGGUCUCGCCAUAGCUUCUACCCAGCGUGAACCCAGCAACAGAUCCCAAUGAAAUGUCAAUGGAAUGUUGGGAAAGAAUUGGAAACGCGCGCAUAUCAGCAUGUGCACAUUUGUCCUCAAUCCUCAAUCUCUGUGUCUAUUUUCGAUCACUACAAGCAGUCUGCAGUAGAAAGCGAUUUGUUAACAGGCCUGGGGGUAAAUAAUUUUUGAUGCUUUUGUACUGCUUUUCACAAAUAUUUUAAAUGUUCUGCUUCCACGGUUGGUUUCUUAUUCGGUGUGUGUAUUAUGUGUGUGUGUAUCUCUCUGGUGGUGGACUGUGCGGGUAGUGUUUGGUGUAUGUUAUUUUUUAGUUGGUAGUGGCAUUAGACAAAAAAACAGGGAAGUUAUCAAAAUUAUUCAUUUUUUUUUAUUUUUUGCAAAAGUGACAAUUUCGAUUCAUUCAUACUCGACAAAAUGUCUGCAUACUGUUACAGUUUUUUUAUGUACUAUUUCAACUCAUCUCUUCUUCCAUUAAUUUAUUGCUUAUUAAGUCUAUGGACAUAUUUCUAUUUAAACAUAUUUCGAACAUUCCACACUAACAUUGUAUUUUUAAUACAAAAUCCUUCUUCUUCAAUUAUACACGGUAGGUAUACGAGACUCCUAACUAUACUAAACUUCCCUUUGCAUGGUCAUUUAGAUAAUGUGUGCUUCUUGCUAAAAUUAACCACUUACCAUACGAUUUGCAUUUGUUUAUAUUUUCAUCAAACGCACCUGUAGCAUAUGAGUUUUGUUGAAGUUGUGUGUGUGUGUGAUGUUUUGUUACCCUAAAUAUGGCUGAGGUAAGUCUUUCAACAGUCGACUACACCAUAUACACUAUUACACCUACACUGUUUUCCUUUUCCACUAUAUUUUGAGUGUGUUUUUUUUUUCGUUCACAUUGUGACUUCUUUCUUUUAGAUUAGAAUCACUGUAUAAUUAGGAUCACUUAUCACAUUCUAUAAAUUCUCGUGUGUGUUACCCUCGGAGAGCAAAGAACCACUACACGGAUUGUACAGAAACAAGUGGAAUAGAUUAGAUGCAAACACGGGACACUUGGGGUGUGUUUGAAUGAUUUUUUUUUUAAUUUAUAUGUUGCUGUGAGUGCCGUUUUUGGCUUGUUCUUUUGCAAAUGUUCGAAUGAUGUGUUUUCCGCUUUUCAAUUUUUCAAUGCUUUACAAUCUCACAAGAUGAACUACACACUUCAAUGGCAAUCAUAAUAAUGUAUGUUCUUGUAUUUAUUGCAAAACGUAUUUUCGUUGCAGAACCUCCCAUUACAGGACUUCGCAUAAGGCUGUAGACGGCAGAUAACAUGGCGCUUGCAGCAAAAUUAAGUAUACAGAUAUAAAAUGUUUGCCAAUCGCCCCGUCCCGUUGUCAUUCUUUGCAUUGGUAUGAAAAGCUUUUUCCAAUUCGGGCGGCUUUGCAUUGGACUGCUUUUUAAAAGGGAUAAACAUAGAUAACACAAACUCUACGCUGAUAGAACGUCAAAUUACGCAUAGAAACAAACGAUGCUACUUUCCAGUGAUACCCAAGAAAAAAAAACAAUCAAUCAAACAAAAAGUAACUUUAAAGGAACAUUGUUCUAGCGGCCUUAUCACGUAAUAUAUGCUACAUGUACUGAAUUUCUUUCUCAAAGAAGAAGAGCAUACAGCAAAGUGAAGUAAUCGUCCAUAUCCUAACACCCUUUAUGUAUCAUAACAAUGGACAAGCUCGCACACUUGUAAGUGAGACACUUUAUAGGGAUACGAUCAUUGAAAUGAAGCAUUGCGUGAGAGCAAAAGUGUAAUUUAUUAAUUCUGGUUUUACAUGUGAGCAAAAAGGUAGGAGAGCAAAUGCUUCAAUAAGAUUUUUGAUGUUUCGUUAUUUGCGAGGGGUAAAGAGCUCACGCAAGCGCGGAUAGAUAAAAGUAAAUGCUGCGACCACGGCUGUGAAUGUGAAUGCUUAACUGGAGCGCUCCCGAAAAGAACUGCGAUUUUGCGACACACGAGCAUGAUUGUUUAUUGGAGUUUAUGGGAAGGGAGAAAGAUACAAUAAUUUAAAUCUAUCUUAGAUGACAAUAAAAGUAAAAUAGCGGUCGCAUCAUCCUGGAAAACCCCUUUGUAUAGAAUGAAGUAUGCAUUUAAUGUAGACCAAUAACACAGAAUUAGUAUAGCUGAAUGGAAAAUGAAAAGACGACCAAGUGCCUCUUGCUGUUCACGAGGACGCGCUUUAUAUUGACUAAUGUGCAUAAUUGCUACACAUACAUCUAUAAUUUAACUGUGGCUUACUGUCUAUGCUGGAAAGAAGAUACUAGGAAACAAAUAAACAAAUGUAAGCUUAACGAGUUAUAGGUAGGAACAGCGAUUGAUAACAUCGAUCGCAAGGAUAUGCAAACCGAUACAGCUAAUUAAAUUGUAGAAAUGUUAAUACUUUGCGCGAAUUUCUCGCUUCUUGAGCUUUUUGUUCGUACAGAGCUCAGAUUGUUGUGUUCAUGCAGGACGGUUGAGCGGUUGUUCGAAAUUUUUUGGUGCGCACACGGGCACAUACCUGGAUAGCUCUAUUUCUGUAUGAACAGAUAGUAAGGAAUAGCAAUAAUUAUCCUCACCCGUAGGAAUGGGAAAAGAAAAGUAAAAUGAAAACCCUUCAUUAUAUGUAUAUUUAUAUCUGUAAAUGGAUAGAUUGUACGAUGAGACGACCAGCAGCAUUGCAACAUGUGUGUUCGCUGGCUAACUGGGAAUUAUUGCACCGUUAAAAGAUGAAAUAUUUUUUAUACACAGUGACAAAAAUAAAACCAACAGAAAAAAAAUACUAGAAAA